AAUACAUCGCAAGUAGGUAGUCAUAGCCGCAACACCGGCGUUUUAACUUGUGUGGUCUCGUGUUUGUUAUAAUUUAAUUUGCCUAUCAAAAAUAAUAUAAUUUUACUGCUUUUUAUCAAAUGUACAAUCUUGGAGAGUUAUUAUUGUUAAUUUUUGUUCUGCAAUCACGCUGCAGCCUGCAACAGAGCAACGGAUCGACGGACGACGUAGUUUUUGCGUGGUUACCUAGAUCAAGACUGAAUAGUGACAUAGAUUUAAUUUCUACGGCGGAAAUGUCUGUAUUAACACCUAUAUACAUAUUCAUUCGCCUCUACCUGGACAAAAUGAUAGAUUUCUUCUUCUCCCUCUACUGGGAAGGAAAGAAAAAGGUUAUACCAGACCUUGAGAAGAAACAUGCCUUCCUCGCAGAGAGUGCCACCAGUUUGGCAAAGAAGAUUAAACAAAAGGAGCUGAAGUCAGAAGAGCUGGUGCAAGCACUUAUUGAAAGGAUUAAACAGGUUAACCCUCACCUGAAUGCAAUAGCAGCGGACCGAUUCGAAGCAGCAUUAGAGGAAGCAAGAGAAGUGGAUAGACUGAUUAGUGAGGGACUUACUGAGGAAUUGUCCAAAAAACCGUUCUUGGGAGUCCCAUAUACUGCAAAAGAGAGUCAAGCUGUAAAGGGCAUGCCACUCACUUUGGGUCUAUGGUGUCGUCGCAAUGAAACGGCUACAGAGGACAGUGAGGCUGUCGUGAGGAUGAGAGCUGCUGGGGCCAUUAUCGUGGCCUCCACCAAUCUGCCAGAGAUGCUCAUUUGGCAAGAAACCCGUAAUCCAGUCUACGGCAUGACAACUAACCCACACCACACAGGCAGGUCGCCGGGUGGUUCAAGCGGUGCGGAAGCUGCUCUAUCUUCCACUUACGCUACACCCAUCAGCUUGUGUUCCGAUAUCGGAGGCUCGACCCGCAUGCCAGCGUUUUAUUGCGGAAUGUUUGGACAUCAUCCUACAGCUGGAACUACAAAUACCAAAGUUUUUGCAGGUUGUUUCUACCGCAACGGCGAUGAAGACAGUAUGUUUUGCCUGGGCUUCAUAUCCAAGCACGUUGAAGAUUUAGCUCCCUUGACCAAAAUCGUGGCAGGUGAUAAGGCUGAUCUUCUGAAAUUAGAUAGAGAUGUAGAUAUUAAGAAAAUCAAAUUUUACUAUGUGGAGACCAGCAAAGAUGGCCAUGUGAGCCCGCUUAGGCCUGAAAUGACAGAUGCUAUGCAAAGUGUGGUUAAAAAAAUACAACAAGAUUUGAAUGCAAGCCCUCAAAGCUACUACCACGAUGGACUGGACUAUAUGUACAAAUUGUGGUGUUAUUGGAUGAGCAAGGAGCCCGGAAAUUACGCCAGCAUGCUCAAUAAUGGCGUGGGGGAGAUGCAUGGAUUUAGAGAGCUGUUUAAAAAGAUGUUCGGACUGAGUAAACACUGCUUAUUCACCAUCAUGCAAGUACUGGAGAAGCAACUGUUACCGAAGCCUGAUGAGGAAUGGGCUGAGAACCUCACGAAAAGCUUCAAGGAAGACUUAUUUGGUAAACUAGGCGAUAACGGAGUUCUCUUGUUCCCGAGCGCCCCCCACGCGUCUCCAUACAACUAUUCUUGCUACCUGCGCCCCUACAACUUCUCCUACUGGUCGCUGGUCAAUGUACUCAAAUGUCCAGCCACGCAGGUACCCCUCGGCAAGAACAGCCAGGGCCUCCCAAUAGGCAUCCAAGUGGUUGCUGCUCCAUACAACGAUGCACUCUGCUUGGCCGUGGCUAAAUAUCUCGAAAAGGAGUUCGGAGGCGCCAUCGCGGCGUGCAAAGUCAAAUAAUAAAAUUAAUUUGGGUUUAUAAAGUUUUAUUUCAAUAAAUGUUUAAGUACUGUUCUA